AUGGCUGCCAAACUGGUUCCCUUUUCUCUGAGGCAGCGCUGUGCCCUUUUCUCCUGCGUUUCAACACGGCAAUGCCGCCCCUUCACUGUUGCAGCGCCCCUCCGGAGCGAAACACUAGCAGUUCAUCGAAACACACCCGAAAACAACCCCAACAUCCCAUUCAAAUUCUCAGAACAGAACCUCAAACUUAUUGAUGAGAUACUCCGGAGAUAUCCCCCGCAAUAUAAGAAAGCAGCAGUCAUGCCAGUCCUAGAUCUGGGCCAACGACAGCAUGGUUUUACCAGCAUCAGCGUUAUGAAUGAGGUCGCACGGUUGCUGGAGAUGCCCCCAAUGCGAGUCUAUGAGGUUGCGACAUUCUACACAAUGUACAAUCGGGAACCCGUAGGAAAAUACUUCGUCCAGGUUUGCACAACGACUCCAUGCCAACUAGGUGGAUGCGGCAGCGCCAAGGUCAUGAAAGCUAUCACAGAUCACCUUGGAGUUUCCAACGGCCAAACCACCUCAGACAAACUAUUCACUGUCCUCGAAGUCGAAUGUUUGGGCGCCUGCGUGAAUGCCCCCAUGGUACAAAUCAACGACGACUACUACGAGGACCUCACCCCAGAAUCCGUGGUAUCACUUCUAACCGCCCUGAAGCAAGCGGAAACCGACACUACCGUCAAGGUCCCUGCACCUGGCCCUCUCAGCGGCCGAAAAUCAUGUGAGAACAGUGCUGGCUUAACGAACUUGACGAAUCCGUCGUGGAGUCCGGAUCGGAUGAGGAAGGAUGGGGAACUCUAA